AUGCUACUUCUCUCCUCCAUUGGACCCGUUAGCGUAGGGCUAGCUACGCUAUGGUCUAGCGGCUUAUUCAGCUACGUGAACAAAGGUCCAAGUCAAUCUGGAGCUCGAUUUGGUCAAAUAGCAAAUGCUUCUCGUGUGAAUGCUUGCUCCAUCGCGAUUCUCAUCGUCGUGCCUCUAUUGGUGUUUACUAUCUUCGCUGUGUUCGACCUGCCUAUGAACAGCUACUCGAUACCGUUAUUCUUGGGUGGAGCUUUUGUGCCGAUUUUGAACGCACAUUUCAUCAUCUUUAACAUUCGCACAUUCCGAAGAGCACUCCCUGCAUUGCUCACCUUCAAGCCGAAGUCAGUGGGAACCUUAUCUCAUGUCAGUUCUGAUCACUGA